UCAAUUAAAAUUUCUUGAAAUUAGUUUAUCGGAAUAUACUUUUGAAAAAAUUUUGAAAAUAUUAGAAAAUUGUAAUAAAUUAAAAGAAUUAAUUAUUUAUGAUGAAAAUAAUAAUAAUAAUCAUGAUUAUUAUAAUGUUAUUUCAAUAGAUCAUUUAACUAUUGGUCAAGUUUUUAAGAGAAUGGGAAAUUUAAUUUCUAAUAAUUUAAAAAAAUUAUUUAUUACUUCAUAUUAUUAUUUUACUGAAGAUGAAUUUAAAGAUUUCUUAUUUAAUUAUUAUAAUAAUCAUAAUAAUAAUGGAAAUUUGAAACAAUUAAGUAUUAACAUAUGUGGUGAUAAAUUAAAUACGUUAAAUUUAUUAAAAGAUUAUUCUAAUGAAAUUAAUAAGAAUUUAAUUAUUAAGCAAUGGGACACGAAAAAUUAUGAUGGUAAAAAAGUAAGAUUUCAUCAAUUAUUUUCCGUAGAAUUUAUUUAAUAUGUAUUAUUAUAGGAGGGCAAUGGUAACACCCGUUGAAUUAAUAUAAGGGGGGAAGGGGGAAGGGUGAUUGGUUUCUAUUUUCGUAUAUAUGUAUGUACAUGUUUACUGUAAUUUCUAUAUUUAUUUAUUUUUUUUAUUUUUUUCCCCGAUAUAGAAUCUAUAAUAAUUUCUAUGAAUUAUUUUAUUGUCUUAUUAAUGUACGUCUUAUAAUAAAAAUGUACAUUUCAUUUAUUUUU